AUGAAUCCUCUCCACCCCCUUUCUCCCUCCUCUGCCACCUCCACGUCCACCACCACAUUUGGCGUCACCUACACUGCACCAUCGCCGCCCUCCCCUUCCUCUACACCCUCUCCCCCUGCGGAUGGCAUCCUCUCCGCUCUAUCCUCCCUCAACAUCCGCUCUCUCCGCCUCCCCAACCCCGACCCUAGCUUAAUCCGUUCUUUCGCUUUCACCAACACCUCUCUUUUCCUCUCCAUUCCUAACUCUCUCCUCCCUCCUCUCGCUGCCAACCGCUCCAUCGCUGCUCGCUGGCUCUACGGUCACGUCCUCCCUUUCUACCCUCGCUCAAAGAUUUCUCUCAUUUCAGUUGGAGACGAUGCAGUCUCGCAAUUUUCUCCCUUUUUACUUCCCGCAAUCAGGAACGUGCACCUGGCACUCCGUGACCUCGGGAUUAAAAAAAUCUCAGUCUCCACUACUUUCUCUUUCGUAAACGUGAUUACGACGCCGUUUCCACCUUCUUCUGGUACUUUCCAAGAACCGCUUGGGGAAUUAUUGAUAAAGCCAUUGCUUCAGUUCUUGGAAGAUACAAAUUCAUCUUUCUUGGUGAAUCUUUAUCCGUACAAUUUGUAUAGGAUAAACUCUGAGAUUCCAUUAGGGUUUGCUUUAUUUCAAGAGCAUCCAUUCAAUUUUAGAGAUGAUUUGAUUACUGGGGUAAGGUACUGGAACCUUUUUGAUAUGAUGGUGGAUGCGGUUGUAAGUGCACUUGCGGUGGCCGGACAUGAGAACCUUCCGGUGAUAGUGGCAGAGACUGGUUGGCCGAGUACUGGUGGAGAUCCAACUGAGGUUGAUGCGAAAUUAGAGUAUGCCGAGAUGUAUAUUAAGGGUUUGGUUUCGCAUUUAAGGUCUGGGGUGGGCACGCCGUUAAGGAAAGAAGGGGUUUCCCAGGCUUAUAUUUUUGAGUUGGUCGAUAAGGAUAAUGUGAAACAAGGGACUAGAAAUUGGGGGAUCUUGUAUGCCAAUAUGACUAAGAAGUAUCAUGUUGAGUUCUCUGGUUGUGGUGAGAUUGGUGUGGGAAGGGUGCUUUGGAUGCGUGUUUGCUUGACUGGUCUUAGAGAAAAACAUCUUUUGGAUGCUGUUGGAUCAAGCAGUGUUCUAACAGUUCAGAGGAGCGCCAGGAGCUUUCAGUCGAUGCAAGGCAGAUUAAAUCGUAGCAUUGGGAAACGUAUUAAGUUUCCUGAUGGGAUGGAGCAAGGGGAACAAGGCAGUGAUCUUUACUAG